CGCCGCGCAGUAAACACGCGCGCCCGAAGCUUGUGGCAUAUCGAAACUUUUCACUAGUAUGCCAUGUUCGGACUUUGAGGUGUUUACGGAAAAAGAUGAAGGCGUGGACCGCGACAGAGCAGGACACGUCGUUGCCCUGCUGCCGCACGCUACACAUCAAGCAUGCGGCGUAUGCGAGCGCACUCUAUACAUUGAAUAUAUCAAUAUUAGUAGUGCUGUUAUAUAGUUGGAGGAUUGGAGUUAAUGCCAAGCGGUAUAAGGAGCUGGACGAUGUUUAUUAUGGUGUACAGAUAGCGUAUUUUGCAAUUAUAGGAACCCAAAUGUUCAUGAUUAUGCUCAGCAUAAUCUUGUUCUACGGGAUUUAUAAAGAAAACGUGGCGUUCCUAGUCCCGUGGGUGGUGGGCUGUAUGACCUUCAUGGCUUUAGAAGUCAUGGCCAUGGUCUACUCCAACAUCCUCAGAGAUCAUGUUAACAGGCAAUUCGACGCUAUGUGUAAAGCAGAGAUAUCAUUUUUAAUACCAAGAAUACUUCUAAACUGCCUGUGCAUCUGGUGCGUGCUCCGGCUUUACCACCUCCUCCGUGCUGGCGUUACCUGGAAGGGCGCUGCCGCCAUUGAGCUGUGACUGUUGGAAGAUAACCCCCCGGGAGGGCCUCGCGAGUCGACUUUGCUACUCGGGGGGGCUGAGAGCGAUACGGACGCUAGUCUUCACUCGCUUUGACUAAUUAUCCGUCUCUUUCUAACAUGGGACACGAACCCAAAAACUUGGGUGUCAAAAAGUGGCUGUAAAUUAUACUGGCGCGGCGCUAUAGUUGAGAUAAAAACUGCUCACGAAACAAGUAAAAAAGAGACAGGUCGCCGCUCGCCGCUGGUUGUGACAGAGAGCAUACUAAGGUCGCGUGCAGUGAGAGUUUGACUCAACUAUAGCCUUUCUCUGUAGCACGGUCGGAUUUUUAUCGCUUGUCACCAUGCCUGUCACUUUCUAAUAAGUAUGUAAGUGCGAAAGUGACGGACAUAGUGAUAGACGACAAAAAAGGAACCGUGCUGCGCCCGCAGCUCACAGACCACCUCAUCUACGGAGCACGGAAGACAAUCGAGGUCACCACACACACUAAAGGGGCAUUUAAAAAACACAAUUUGACCGAAUCAUCGUCAUAAAUUAAUAUAAAUUAUUUUGUUACACUUAUAAUGCUGAUAAAAUACACCAAAGUUGUAACUUUAUUUCUACUACAAGAGGGUACCUACUCAACCACAGAAUUUUUUGUUGUAUGAAAUCCAAAAAUAAAAAUGUUUAUUUUUUUAGAUUUUUAUUUAAGUAUCUGUUUUUACACUAUUUGAACAUGUGAUUUAUAGUUUUAAAAAAACACCAUUUUUAUUUCUAUUUUUUUUUAGUUCUUAAAAAUUAAUUAAAAAUGAUUAGAUUACUUACUUACUUAAAUAAUAACUUAUACAUAUAAAAAUAAAAAUUACAAAUACAACGUUGGAAAAUUUGAAGGUGGUUGAGCACCCUAAGCAGUUGAGAUAAAGUUACAAAACUUGGCGUAUUUUAUCGACUUAUUAAGUGAAACAAAAUAAAGGGGUCCCGCUUCUUCUGGCUAGAGUUUGAAUUUUUCCCAUACAAACAUGAACCACCCUAUUCGUCAUCCAUCUUACUUAUCGAAAUCGAAUCUAGAUGAGAUUUGUAAAAUUUGAAUGCCGCUACAAUAU